GAUCCUAUGCAUCUGCUUCUGGGAUGGUUAUACAUACCAGGUGGCAUUUAGAUGCACUAAGAUUGAAGCGGUGACGGUAACAACCGAAACUAAUACUUUGAUCGCACUUCUGAAAGCAAGACCCUCGAGUAAGGAGGGCAGGGCAUCAUCUGAAAGCAACAUUGUUGAUGAGAAUAUAGUGGUGGGUUUAGCAUUCGUUCUUCCACCAUCAAUACCAUCGGCGAUGACUGUGCGACCACUCCACGUAUAUUUCCUUUGGUUCUUAACCGCAACCAAUGUUGGUAUAGUGCUGUGGAGACAUCGGCGAUUCUUCUCGUAUUCUGAUACAGGACAGGUGAUGUCUGAUGAUUACAGCUAUAUUGGAGAUGACUUUCCUCUCUAUUACCCUCUUGCUGGUCCCCCCCUCGAUGCAGACCCUGUCGCCUUGACAUUCCGGGAAUCUGUUCGUUUCGAGUACAACAAGACCGACCACGUUGCGUUCGAUGAGUGGUACUCCAUUCUCAAAGCCAUGAACUUUGGUCGCGUUCGGUUAGGACCAGAAAACCGUGUUUUUGUCCCCGUCCACUACCACGAAUUGCAUUGCGUUCGGAUCCUGCAUAUCGCGCUGUUGAACCCGGCACAUGAAGGGAUGCCAAAACAUGUUAGGCAUUGCCUGAAUUACCUUCGGCAGUGGUUGCUGUGCGAGGCGACGGAUGCAAUGGAGAGGGGAGACUUUUUGGAGAAAGACUAUGAGUCGGACACCGACAGAGUUGGUGGAACUCAAAUUUGCCAGGACUGGGAGAGAGUAUAUGAGGAUAUGAAUAGGAACCAUGAGAGGUGGCUGACGUUCAAAAAAGUGUGGACUUGAAGAGUAGAAGGGAUGAGGAUAUAAGUCGUAGCGGAAAGCCCCAACGAAGGGAAGAGCGCAGGCAGAGUAUCAUUUUGCGUUUUGCUUCAUCAAGCCACUAUGUUCACCUGACUUAAUAAUGUUCUGCGGGGAGAAGGAAGCGCAAGGAAGACCUCAAACUGACCGCUGACCUUCUUUGAUGGUCGAAUUGAAGACACUAGUAAUACAAGGAUUG